CGAGUUGAUGCUCUUCGAAUAAGGACUUCGCAACACGGCGUCUCGCCACUGGUGGCAUAGAAAUGUUCUGGCAGUUCUAAACCUUUCUCACCAAGCGGCGCGCGUCAGGGAACAUGGCGGUGCCACAUGGCAAAGAGCGCGCUCCGUGAGAACGAACUGGCUCCCUGUGUCACAGCCUCGUUCGGAGGUUGUAGAGGUCGGGUGUAGUGCAGCACCUCCUCGGCGCAGUUCGUGCGUCCCUCUCCACGUCCCCGCGCUCUCCAGUGCCGGAGACAGUCGCCGAGCGCAUCGCGCCGCCAUCGCGUUGUUGCCGCUUUAUAUAGAGGCGUUUGUCCUUGUAUCCCCCUUUUUCAUCGUUUCCCUCCCCGUGUGUCAUGCAGACGACAUUGUGGGGACUACUAAAAAAGGGAAAGGUCACGUUGCAAAAUAGAUGUUUGCACUUCGACGCCGGGCGAGGCAAACUUGAGGAAUAUGGAAAAGACGAAUCGCCCGUGAACACCGACACACUUAAAUUCUCAAUAGGGAGCUCCCCGGUGAUCAGGUCUUCGUGUUUGCAGGUGGGAUGCCAUAAGCAGUGUGAGACAGAGAGAGACUGAGGAAUCAUGGACUCCUGGAUCUUUGCAUCAGCCCCUCCAAACCUGUCGGACCACCUCAUGUACGACAGCCUCAUCCAGGGCAAUGAGUCGGACCUCCACGGGAACCGCACAGACCACAGCUUCAGCAGGAUCGGCACGGUGAUCAUCACCUGCUUGUACUUUUUGGUUUGCACCGUGGGGCUCUGCGGAAACGCCCUCGUCAUCUACGUCAUCCUGCGCUACGCCAAGAUGAAGACAGUCACCAACAUCUACAUCCUCAACCUGGCGGUGGCAGACGUGCUCUUCAUGCUGGGCCUGCCGUUCAUCGCCAUCCAGUUGGCACUGGUCCACUGGCCCUUCGGCCCUGUGCUCUGCAGGGUGGUGAUGACCGUCGACUCCCUGAACCAGUUCACCUCCAUCUUCUGUCUGAUGGUCAUGAGCAUCGACCGCUACCUGGCUGUGGUGCAUCCAAUUAAAUCCACAAAGUGGCGCAAACCCCGCAUGGCCAAAACUAUCAACUUAACGGUGUGGGGGGUGUCGCUGAUGGUUAACCUGCCUAUCGUCAUCUACAGCGGCAUCAUCACAAAGCACGAUGGCUGCUUCUGCACCAUCGUGUGGCCUGAGCCUCAAGAGGCCUACUACACUGCGUUCAUGUUCUACACCUUCAUCCUGGGCUUCUUCCUACCCCUCAUGGUCAUCUGCCUUUGCUACUUGUUCAUCAUCAUCAAGGUGAAGUCCUCAGGCAUCCGCGUCGGCUCCUCCAAGAGGAAGCGCUCCGAGAGGAAGGUGACCCGGAUGGUGUCUAUUGUGGUGGCGGUGUUUGUCUUCUGCUGGCUGCCUUUCUACAUCUUCAAUGUCACCUCAGUCACGGGCACCAUCAGCACCACCCCCAUCCUCAGGAGCACUUUUGCGUUCGUGGUGGUGCUGGGAUACGCCAACAGCUGCGCCAACCCCAUCCUCUACGCAUUCCUGUCCGAGAACUUCAAGAAAAGCUUCCAGAAUGUCCUCUGUCUCAAGAAGGUAGGGGGGCUGGAUGAGGUCGAGCGCAGCGAUAGCCGGCAGGAUAAAUCUCGCAUGAUGAACGACCCCACGGAGACGCAGAGUACUCUGCUGAAUGGCGACCUGCAGACUAGCAUCUGAGAGGAAGGUGAUAGGACUUGACGUGCAGACAGCCCCUCUCUCCGGAACUGAAAACAGUCAGGAAUUAUGAAUCUCUUUAAUGCCGCAUCCGAUGGGACACUAUCAAAUAUGAAGCAAGCAGUUCAUAGGGGAACAUAUCACUCAUUAAGGAGGCCAAAUCACAAACAGAUAUUUAAAAAGAAUGUCGACCUGGACAGUUUCUCUACAUGCCUUUGGCUCAUCGUUUGGGUUUCUUUGACUGCACACAAAUCCAUUAUAACAUAAUCACAAGUUCAUACAGAUGUUUGCUCCUGCGCUGUAAAUGAGAUGAAAAUGAAGCGUGUUCGGCUGUUCCGAAGCAGUGCAUUGACUCAGGGUUGAAGGUAAAAGCAAAUUGUCCCCUGGGUGAAAUGGAUUUUCCCUGGAGAUCCCGGACUAUACAUGGUUUACAGCAGAUGGCCUGUGCCAAGUGUGAGUUAGUCUGUUAUGUGUUAAAAUAACAACAUCACAGAGAGUUCAUGAUGAAACUGUUAAAAGUACUAUUUCACUAUUUUUAUUCCUAUCUCAUCUACAGCUUAUUUUAUCCGGAGAGGGGUAUGACUGUAGGUAACUGUACAGAAGAUGGUCUGUAUACAAAGUCAGAGGUUUUUAUAUUCAGUGUCGUUUGUAAAUAAGUAAUGAUGUUUUCCGUACACAGAGGAUAAUGAAAAUCAUUGUCAUUGAUUCUUGCUCUGUCAGUAGUCAGUUUUUUUCCGACUGCUGUGUGCAACAGUUUAAUUUGACAUAGAGUUGUAUAAAAUGUAAAUGUGAAUAUCAAUGUUCGGUCACUUUUCAGAUAUUUAGUGAUGUGUUAUUUCCCCCUGUUUCAUUAUGUUAUGUGCAUUAUUUAUAUUACGUUAAUGGCACUGGCUUGGUCAAUUUACCAAGUAGGCCUCUAACCAAAGUGCUGCUAAGAUGUACAGGAACUCAACAACAGUGUUGUAUUGUGCCCCACAAAAUAAUAUCACUGCUGUUUCUGUUGGACUGAAUUAAUGUUGGCGACUGUUCUUUACCAUAGACUGUUUAAUAUAUCGUGUAAUCAUUGCAGUAGCUGCUUUUCAUCAAAAAUGCCACACUGCAGGAUUCUAGAUUAUUCAGUAUAAAUGUUGAGCAGUGGCACAGCUUCAUGUUUUCAUGUCACCUGAGAGCCUACACCCUGCUCAGUGCCAGACUCAACAGUGUGUGUGGUGUGUGCUAUAAAGGUCACAGGUCACCCGGUGACUGACGCACACACUUUUGGUUAUUGAGUUCUUAGAAUACAGUUCUCACUAUCCUAGACAUGGUGGAGCACAUAUUUAAAGAUGUCUUUUAUUUUCAAAACACAUGUCCAGUUUGGUAUUGCUUUAUCACGGAGAACAUCCAUCCAUCCAUCCAUCCAUCCAUCCAUCCAGGGGUUGGGUCGGGUUGCGGUGGCAGGAGGCCAAGCAGGGGUAUAUUCCACACGUCCCCCCUGUUGUGACAUAUUUGGUCACUCCUCCAGAGGGUGCAAGGGACUUUGCUUGUCCCCUACUGCCUCCCGCAGAGAGCUACUGCUAAACACUUUGUAUGCUGACACUGACCCAUCCUCUCCUUAUAAUCCGUGGCAUUUUCGGCCAGAUUCCGAGUGGGGUUUCUGACACCGGCUGUCUGACAGACGUGAAUUUGUGAAGGGCUAGAACACUUACCCUCCGAAGGCUCUGGUGUUCCUUUAUCAUCAGCAUCAUCAUCAUCAUCAUCAUCAUCAUCAUCACUGUGCAGUUCAUCCUGUGACUCGCUGUGGCUGCUGUAGUCAGAUUGCUGUGUGGAAGAUUUAUUAAAAACCACAUUCCCUUAUAUACUGUACAACAAACCCAGUGACAGAGAAUGAUUAAUUUGCAGUUUGCUUGUGUGUGUGUGUGCAUCCAGCUAGCUGGUCUCAAGCAAAAACAAAAAGAGAGAGAGAGAUAUUUGACACAUCAAAACCACUCUUAGCAUGCCGUUUUGAAUUACUGCAUAUAACACCCCCCCCCCCCAGGCAUGACUAAUCAGAUUCCAUAUCCAGUUUUCUGUCUCUGCAGGGCUGUUGAAUUUGGCCUGUAACAUCUUAUUACCACUGAAAGACGUGACACACCUCGAGUGUCCUGUAUUUCCAUAGCAACAGUGGCUCACAGUGUUUGUCCCAUGGUUUAUCUCAUUUGCAUAAUUAUAAUAGAGAGAAGAAUCUGGACAUGAAUUAUAAAUGUAGAUAUUGCUCAGAUGACUGAAGAAAAAAAAAUCUAUUUAAUAAAGGCUCCAUCAAGACCCACCGUCCAGCAGGCUGUGAAACUAAGACUCUUCAGUUUCAAAACGUGGCUCCCAGCCCCUUUUGGGCUUGGACCAGUAUAAAUUGUAUAGUUUGUGUUAGUGUGCAUUUAAAAAUGUAAGCCAGAGCAAACCAAACAUCUCGCUUUGUGUCAUUGUAGCAGAUAUUACAGAAAACUGGACCUUGUUUGUUUACAUUAGUUACAGUUAAGGUUUAUGUAUAAUUCUGACAGACUUCAGACUUCUCUAACUUACAAUUUAUUUUUUUCAGCUUUUUUUUUUAAAUAUAUAUAAAUUUUUACGACUACAUUGCAGAUUUUCUACUUGGUAUUAGUGUAAUAGUUCAGUGUGGACUUAGUUAUAAGCUUCUUUAUUAUUUAAUUGCCAAAAGGAAAUGACACUAGUUGCUUUUGAAAAUUUUACAAGCGUCUUUGAAAGUUGAACUGUUUCUGUACAAAAGCUUGCAUAUAUGUUUUUGUUCUGUAAAAUAACGCCAGGUUUGACGGAGCAGAGAUUGUGUAUUGUGUUGAAACUGAAUAAAGGAUACAAAACAUA